AUGUGUUUCUGUAGUCGUGAAUUUAAUCAUCGUGUCAAAUCAAUACUUGCAUCAACAUUUACUCCAGCUGAAAUAGAAUCUUUAAAAAACGGCGCAGUAGAAAUUUGGUUGGCAAAAUAUAAGUGGGUAGACUUUCCAGAACCUGACCCUAGUGAUAUAGAAUCAAUACGUACUUUGAUGUCAAUGAAAUAUAAACAAAAGAAAUGGUUGGAUGAGUCACUUUUGAAAGCAAAUAAUAAGAGACCACCAAAUGCAUUAAAUAAUAAAUUGAAUAAUAGUAGCAGUAAUUUAAGUGAUGAUUUUUCAAGUCAACACUCUAGUUUAAACGGCCAUUCGCCUGUUUCACCUACAAGCAGAAAAUCAGACAAUAAUACAAGUUAUUUAAAAUAUUCCUCUGAUACAUAUAAUGUUGUAGUGUCACCAUCAACAACAACUAAUAAUAUUCCAAUGCUACCAAAACCAAAUUCUAAUAAUUUAAUUUCUUUAUCAUCUGGACCUAAUAACAAUACUUGUAAUAACAAUGUUAAAAAUGAACUUGAUGAUUUUUUUGACACUUUGAAUAAUUCUUCAAAUCAACAAUCUAUUACAAAAAGAAACAAUACAUAUCUAGAAUCUAAUAAAAUAUCCACCACCACUAAUGCUUUUUUCACCCAACAAAAUUCUUUGGAUAAUUGUUCUGCAACAUAUUCUGAUCAAAAUAUUUUACAUAAUCCUUUUGGGCAUGUCAGACAUAGUUCUUUGACUUCAAUUGCAAGCAGUAAUAACGAUGAUGAUAUUUUCAGCGAUUUCCAAACUGCACCUGACGUUAAUUCACAAAAAAAAAUGUGUUCAACAAAUUUGAAUUCUUACAAAAACCACACAUUUUCAAAUGGUUCUACAAAUACAAAUAUGAAUUCAUCGCAACAAAAACAAUUUGGUCAUUCAAAGAGCAUCUCUUUUGAUGGUAUGUUUAGUGAUUUAGAUCCGUUAAAAACAACAACAUCUAUUUUUGAUAACAACAAUAAGAUAACAGACGAUCCUUUCAUUAAUCUUCUACCAUUAAUUAAAUCUGAAACGUCAAAAAGAUUUCCGUCUCAAAAAUUAAAUGAUGAUGAUAUUUUCAGUGAUUUCCAAGCUGCAUCUGAUGUUAAUUCACGAAAAACAAUGCGCCCAACAAAUUUGGAUUCUUACAAAAACCACACAUUUUCAAAUGGUUUUACAAGUACAAGUAUGAACUCAUUACAACAAAAACAAUUUGUUCAUUCAAAGAGCAUCUCUUUUGAUAGUAUAUUUAGUGAUUUAGAUCCAUUACAUAAUAAAUAA